UGAAUAUACAGUAUCUCACAAAAAACACAACAUGUCUGGAAACUUGGAAAAUUUUAUUGGGAUCCUCACUUCAACGUUUAGAAAGUAUGCUGGAAAAGAUGGAAAAGAUUCUACUCUGAGCCAAGAUGAAUUAUGUGACCUGGCUGUAAAGGAAUUCCCAACUCUUUGCAAUAGCAGCAAGAAAGAUGACAUUCUGAAAGGAAUCAUUGGCCAAAUGGACAUGGAUGGAGAUAAGACAGUGACCUUUAAAGAAUUUGUCAUGUUUACAGGAUUUCUUGCAAUAGCGCUGGAGGAUAUAUAGUCCCAACAAAAGGAGUCUUGAGCCGAAUAUAUUGAUGUGAUAUGUAAUAAAGAUUCAGAUCUUGGUGCACAACAUGAUUGUUAAUUUCCCAUUGGAAAAGAUUAAACAUAAAAUGAUUCAUACUCUUUUGCACAUUACUUGGCUUCAAAGAGUAUUGUUGCUUGUACUGAUUUUAUUACAAUAAAAUAUACUGAACACCA